CCCGGAAGUGAACCCGUAUGACGCGAUAACCUGUUCCACACGUGAGAAAAUAAUCKAAGAUACGCGGCUUGUUAAAAAAAAAUGGAUAUCACAGAAGUUCCCGUGAGUGGAGGAAGCAAAGGGAAAGGAAAAAAGAACAAGAAGACAGUAAAAACGAAGGAUGUAAAAGAGGAGGGAGACGAAGGAAGCAGCCGAGUGGAGAAGAAGACCGAGGCAGCGAUGGCGACGUUUCCGCCGGCAUUCAGUAUUGCUGAAGUCAAGAACAAACAGAGAAGACAUGUCAUGUUUAUGAAGCUCAAGCAGGAGAAAAGACAGCAAAAGCUGCAAAUCAGGAAAAAGAGAAGGAAGGAAAGAGAAGCUUUAGGUGACAAGGCGCCACCAAAGGAGGUUCCUAAAACGAUAGAAAACCAGAGAGUGUUUGACGAGACCACAGUCGAUCCAGAAGAUGAAGAGGUUGCAUUUGAUGAAGCAACUGAUGAAUUUUCUGCCUAUUUCAACGGACUGACGAAUCCCAAAGUGCUCAUCACCACGUCAGACCGACCUAGAGGGAGGACCGUGAGGUUCUGUAGGCAGCUGGCCACAGUUAUCCCAAAUGCUCAUGUUUACUACAGAAGAGGUUUGGCCCUGAAGAAGAUCAUUCCUCAGUGUGUCGCCAGGAACUUUACCUACCUGAUGGUUAUCAAUGAAGAUCGUCUAACGCCCAAUGGGUUGGUUCUCUGUCACCUCCCUGAUGGGCCAACUGCACACUUCAAAGUCAGCAGUGUUCGACUGCGCAAAGAGAUGAAGAGAAUAGGUAAAGAACCGACCGAACACYAUCCAGAGGUGAUCCUCAAUAAUUUCUCGACCCGUCUGGGACACACCAUCGGCCGUCUGUUCGCCGCUCUCUUUCCACAGAAUCCCCAGUUUGUGGGUCGACAGGUCGCCACCUUUCACAACCAAAGAGACUUCAUCUUUUUCAGAUUCCACAGGUACAUCUUCAAGAAUGAGAAGAAAGUUGGGAUUCAGGAGCUGGGACCCCGCUUCACACUCAAACUCCGAUCUCUUCAGAAAGGCACCUUCGACUCAAAGUAUGGAGAGUAUGAAUGGGUGCUGAAGCGUCAUGAAAUGGAGGCCUCCAGGCGGAAGUUCCAGCUUUGAUUUCACUUAAAUCUUGAUAAAGUUUUUAAUAUACGUCAAGCAUAUUUGUGGACUGGCAUAUGUUGACUUCAUAAUGGCUCAAAGUUUUCAAAGGAGAGAAACCCCCCACCCACAUGAACCUAAAACAGAUUCAUAAAGAUGAUAACGUGUAGCGGCAAGUAUAAAAUGUGGAAACAUUUAUUUAGUUAUGAAAAAAUGAACAUUUCACAAGGCACACGUGUUCUUACAGGUUAGUUCUAAGCAAAAAGGUUAAGAUGUGAAUGUUGCACUAGACAAAAAGUCUGCAGGAGAUUUUACAAAAUGGUACAAGUUUUUGUUAAAAAAAAAAAA